UCUUCAGUUUUGGAUUUAGUCUUACUUAUGAAGUCUUAAAGUUCAGUCCUGCAAAACUCUAUAUAACGCGAACCUCUUCAGCCCAUAAUUCGUUAAACAGUAAAGCCAGUUUUACUCCAAACAUGGAUGAAAUGAUAAAGUUGAUUUGAAGCCAACAAAUACAUUGAUAUUAGCGGGACAGGGUAACUUGCAAUAUAUUCCCAGCCCUCAGGUUAUAGUUGUGCACUUAAUUUGCGGGUGCUACUUGCUUACUUUAGCAUGAAUGCAAAUGGUUGGAUUACGAGUAGAGUUAAAGUAAAAACACAGAUGACAAAUUGCUGAAGGCAAGCAGACAUCGUGACAACCUAUGGAACAGGUAUGUCUGGUAGCGGAUCGGUGCUGCUUGUUGGAGAGGGAAACUUCUCUUUUGCCGCUGGUCUGGCACAGGAACGGUUAUCUAUGGGCGGCAGGGCCAUCACCGCCACCUGCCUACAGUGCAAAAGGGAGGCACUGCGGCACGAAGGAACUGCCACUAACAUCCAGACCAUCAAAGAUUCAGGUGGAGAGGUGCUGUUUGAGGUGGACUCGACACGACUGGGGGAUUGUGAACCUCUUGGUGGUCGCAUUUUUGAUCUUGUGGUAUUCAACUUCCCUCACUGUGGGCGUAAAAGUGGCGUGAAGAAGAACAGAGAGCUCCUCAAAAACCUCUUCCUCAGUUGUGUUCAGGUUCUUAGUGAAGAAGGACAAGUCCACAUUGCUCUAUGUAACGGGCAGGGCGGUACACCAGCUGACCAGCCAAUGAGAGAAUGGCACAAUAGUUGGCAAGUCGUUGUCAUGGCAGCCGAGGCUGGACUCCUUCUUAGUGACGUCCGACCCUUUGAUGAUAAGAAGUUCACGAGCUACAGAUGCACUGGAUACAGGAGCCAGGAUAAAGGCUUCCACGUGACCAAGGCAUUGACCCACGUGUUCACUCGCAGUCUCCCUCUCGGCAACCCUCAGAAACUGAAAAUGCUGGAAACCGUUGGGGAAGAGAGAGUACAUUACCACGUACCGGCUGAGCUGAACGAUUAUAUAAACAGGGACUUCCUCUCUCCAGGUUCUGUCCAUCCCGUCAGGGUGACUCAGGACGUCCUUCUGAACUGCCUGACAGAGGAGUGGUCUAUCUCCAUGGUGACGGAGCCCCUUCCCCAUGUCAUCCGCUUCACCCCCAAUUGUCUGCAGGCCUGUGGCUUGAAAAUGGACAGCAGACACUGCUACUGGGUACAGCCCCUCCACACCGAAGCCUCCUGUCGCGCGGAGAAAAAGACCGACCGAUCGACCAAUCCACUCGCGGGCCGGCCCACUCCUUCAGACGAUGAGGGGAACACCCAGACGGUCGUUGAGGCCCUUGAAGGAACACACAUUAGUACAGUCCCGUUUGUCAGGGAAGAGGGACAAGGGGGCGUAGAUGUGGCACCAAAUGCCGGCCGUGAUUGUGAUGGGGAAAGUGGUGGGGGUUUUCUGCUACGUAGUUCCCUGCUUCCUCAGUUAAAGGUGCGGGCCCCGCUACGGGUGGAUGGGGAACAGGGUAAGGGUGUUUGCAGACGGCAUAGAGGAUGCUGCGUUGAAGGAGGCAGGGGUGAUACCAGUGCUAGGAUUACAGAGGACCAAACUGAGGGGUUUAUUGGAGCUUUGACAGGAGUCAGUGGCCUAGUCUUUCAGAAAUGUCUUAUUAGUCCUUGGGCCCAACCUGCCUUUCAUCAGCUCCUACUCCGAGGUCUGUUUCCUGCUGCAUCCGAGCCUCUCAGAGUUCUCGGGCAGAGUUUGGAGGGGCUGCUGGCUCCGUACGGGGUUUCCCUGAUCCAGGGGCAGGGGGGCCUGGGUCUGACGGCUCAGCCAUUGGGCGAGGUCGGCCGGGUGUCGGUGGACGACUUUACCGAAGACAUCACCAAGGUGUGUGUGAGUAUGUGUCUGAAUAUGGACCUCCUCGCCACACUUCUUUUCUCUCUCCCGGAUUGGCGCAUCCUCUGGUCACAUGACCGCCGCUUCCUACAUUUCUUUCAACUCUGCCCGUUGCCGGGGACACCCUAUCGGCCAUUUUCCUUGUACCCUGUGCACUUUACCUAUGAUAUAAGCUUUUGGGCAGGUUCUGAAUGGGAUGAGCUGAGCUUUCAUGCGGUAGUUAGAGAAGCGAGUAAAGGAACUGUGGAGCAGGUUAAACGCAUUGAUACCUUCUCACAUCCAGACCUGCCUCAGACAAGUUACUGCUACAGGCUCGUGUACCACUCACAUACACAUGCUCUCUCACACACAAAGGCACUUAAACUGCAUGCACACUUGCAAACCUUGCUGGCAACACGCUUACAUGUUGACAUAAGGUAGGUAGGGAAUAGGAGGUUUUAGUAUUGUUGACAGGAAAUGUUGUACAAUUAGCAUAAUAUGCAAGUUAACAAUGAAGAAGCUGGUCUUGGUUUACUUUUAAACAUAUAUGGGGAAUUAAAACUCAGGAAUGUAAUUGUAUCCUUGAUGUGGCAUGAAUUUGGAGUGAUAUGAUGAUGUAAUAUAAUGCAAACCUUGAUAAACAUUAUAUGCAUUUUUCUAUUCUCUUGAUGCUUCAGGAAACAUGUUUAUGAUGAUGUAUUAUGAUGGAGCUUCAUGUAUUCCUCUGUAUCUGUACUAUUUACUGGACUGGUGAUGGUGAAAUGUGUCUUUUGUAUGUUAAGUAUUUGAAAAUAUGUGUGUUCAGUCUUUUAAAUGUCAGUAAAUAUAA